AUGGCCCCGCAGACGCUGGCGCGCCCGGGCAGCGGCCUCCUCCCUGCCGGCACCACGCCGCUGGGCUACGCGGCGGUGGCCCCUGUGCGCUACGCGGCCGAGCCGCGCAGGGGGCCGCAGCUCUCCGCCGCCCCGCAGCGGGGCGCCCCGCAGCGGGGCGCCCCGCCGCCCGCGGCGCUGCAGCCGCAGCAGCGGCGGCCGCCGCCGCAGCAGCUGCGGCCUGCGCUGCAGGAGCCGGCCGGGCCGCCGCGAGCGCUCCCCGCCAGCGGCGCCGCCACGGAACAGGGGACGCACGAAGCCGACAGAGGCACGGGGCAUGGCCGUCCGAGCGAGGGCAGGCGCGGGCGGGCGUCCACGGACGCAGUCUCCCUCCCGGCCGAGAGUGCGGCGGAGGAGGCGGCCGGCGACGAGUCGGAGGCCCAGUGCACCUACAACGCGGAGCGGGUCAUCGGCAGCGGCACGUUUGUCGAGACGGACGACACCGUUGCGAUUAAGAAGGUGUUCGUGGACCGCCGCUACCGCAGCAGGGAGCUGCAGGUGUGGGAGAAGAUGCGGCAUCCCAACAUAGUGACUCUGAAGCACGCCUUCUACACCUCCGGGGAGUCCCCCGACGAGCUCUACCUGAACAUGGUCAUGGAGUACGUCCCGGAGACGGUCUACUGCGUGAUGAAGCGACACGGCAGGCAGAGCCUGCCGAUGCCCCGCGUGCUCGUGCAGCUCUACACCUACCAGGCCUGCCGCGCCCUCGCCCACCUGCGGGCCUGCGGAGUGGUACACCGAGACAUCAAGCCACAGAACCUGCUGGUGGACGCGUCCAAAAGCCACGUCCUAAAGCUGUGCGACUUCGGGUCCGCGGCCAGGGUGGGGCCGGGCCAGCCCGCGCUCGUGGCUUACAUCUGCUCGCGGUACUACCGCGCGCCCGAGUUGAUCUUCGGGGCAACACAGUACACGACGACGGUGGACCUGUGGUCCAUCGGGUGCGUCCUCGCGGAGAUGAUCCGCGGGCGGCCCCUCUUCCCCGGAGAGGGCGGCGUGGACCAGCUCGUGGAGAUCGUGAAGGUGCUCGGAUCUCCGUCGCAGCGACAGGUGUUGGCGAUGAACCCCGCGUACUCCGGCUUCUCCUUCCCCGCGAUCAGGCCGUGCAGUUGGAGAGCCGUCUUCCGCAAGGACGUCGGCCCCGACGUCAUCGACCUGCUCGCCGCCUUCCUCCAGUACGACCCGGAAGCACGAAUUCACCCCCUGCAGGCGUGCGCCCACCAGUGCUUCGACGAGCUCCGGCAGGAGGGCGCGCGCGUGGAGGGGGCCCGGCUGCCCCCGGACCUCUUCACCCUGACCCAGCGCGAGGCGCAGGCGUGCCCCGCCGCGCUGCUGCAGAGGCUGCUGCCGGCCGGCGAGACCUACCCGAGCGCCCGCCCUGCGGCGGAGGACGCGCAUGCGGCGAAGGCGGAGCACACGCGGCUGACGCCCCACCUCUUGCUGCUGGGCGACCCGGGCACGGGCAAGUCGCAGCUGCUCCAGGUGGCCCAGGAGCUCGCCGGCAGGACCGUGCGCACGAGCGGCUUGGGGUGCACAAACGCCGGCCUCACCUGCGCCGCGGUGCGCGACGGCCCCGACUUCGUGCUGGAGGCGGGGGCUCUGGUGCUCGCCGAUGGGGGCGUUUGCUGCAUCGACGAGUUCUCUACCAUCCGCAGCCACGACCGCGCGGCCGUGCACGAGGCGAUGGAGCAGCAGACGGUCUCGGUGGCCAAGGGCGGGCUGGUCUGCCGGCUCCGCUCUCGCUGCAGCGUCGUGGCCGCGCAAAACUGCCGCGGCGGCGGCGCGCGGCCGCGCGGCCGCGGAGGAGCCUACGACCGCGGGGCGUCCGUCUCCGUCAACUCUGGGCUGCCACCUCCGAUCCUGAGCCGCUUCGACCUCGUGGUCGUGUUCUCCGAAGGCGGCCGAGGCGCCGCGACGGAGGAGGACAAGGCCGAGUCAAUCCUGGACUCGACGGCGGCUCGAAGUGCGCCCAGCGCAGAGGAGCGGCGGGAGCGGCGCGCUGCCGCGCCCGAGGGCGAGGAGGCGGACCUCGGAGGCGGGGCGGCGACGUGCGAGUGGGGCCACGAGCAGCUCCGCGAUUACCUCGCCUGGGUGAAAGAUAGGGGACUCGUGCCACGUGCAGACUCCCUGUGA